AGAAAUAGAUCGAGCUUCGAUUUCAUUGAAUCUUAGACGUAAAUAUUAAAUGCUUAUAUGCUAGGAACUAAAGUUGAGAUUUCUUUUCCAUUGCUGACCAUCGACUAGAUUAACUUGAAGAUCUACAAAUCCAAAAUAUGUAUUCAAAUAAUUAUUCAAAUCAUUGUUUCGAUAUUCACCCACAUAUUUAAGAAACAUUAUCAUUUUGCUGAUAAAUAAAUAGGGUGAAAAGUGUUUGCAGAUUAGUUUACAUCGAUGACGAUUUAUGUGAAACUUAUUUUGAUUAAAAAUAGACUACAAAUAUGAUAAUAAAUACAUAUUUUUCUGCCCGGAGUAUGUACUGACUUACAUAGGCUGGUGUUUGCGUUUUGGAUGACGACAUUGACAAUGAAGAGGGUAAUGAUGUAUUCCAACGAUGAUUUUAAUCUGACCAUCGCUAGGGCGUUAUCCGCUUUGAACACGUCAUUGAGCGAAUCUUCUAUGGCUGGACAGAACUUGGCUGUGAUCACAACGCUGAUUUGUUUCAGUGUGUUGGGGAGUCUGGGUAAUGCCCUGGUGAUCAUGGUGUAUGGCCGGAUACCCACCAAGGACUCCUCUAAAAUAUUCAUCCUGGCCUUAGCCUGCACCGACCUGUUUGCUUGUUUGGUCAUCAUACCUUUCACAGCCACUUACCUAUAUCUAAACGUCCGGCUCAGGUACGAUGAACUGUGUAAACUCUAUCAAUUCCUUAUCACCAGUGAUAUUCCUUUGUCAGCGUUUCUUAUGGUGACUAUCGCAUUUGACAGUUCUAGUGCAUUCAUAUUUCUGACCCUUUCCCCCCUCAGAUACUUCAGUAUAUGUCAUCCUUUCUUACGGCUUGUGACACCGAGACGAGCAAAAAUCGCGUUAGUGUUUCCAUUUAUAACAGCCUGCAUUUUGGGUUCUUUAAACUCUCUAUCUCAUGGCGUGUACCAGAAUGUCACUCGUCAAGUCAGCUUGACUGAGCAUGUUGAAAUGAUUAAAGACGCAACCAAUACCUCAAGAGUCAUUCCGUGCAGCAGCCAAGGUUUUCUUACUUUUAACAAUAAGCACGCGAUGGCCCAAGGAGAACCAUCCUCCGACGGAAGCUCAUAUCUGUGUGAAAACUCUCCUCGGCCUGAAACAACAGUAGCCAACAUCUCGGAAACAACAGAUACAGUUAGCGUUCUUGUUUACACCAACGGCUACUGUAUUCUCAGCACAGUUUGGUACUCCAAGGAGUUCUACUUGACCUACCAGAAAGUCUAUGCGUCUUUUUUCCUAUUCUCGCUUCUGGUUGUCUUUGCCUUGUACAUUAAGAUUUACUGCUUUGUGGCUAAACAUCGUCUACUGCAGAAGAGAAAUAAGGAAGCCAGAAUCAUUAAUGAUCAUUUCGCUUUGGUUGCAGACAACGGUUUUAAAGGACGCUCUCAGCCACGAGUCCUAAGCAUACACAGUCUUGCCCCAGUCAGCAAUGCUAUCCCCAUCAGCCUGGUGUGCCAUCCAGUUCUUGGGAUGUUGGCGUAUCAUAAGCAGACUCAGAUCUUGAAGGCAUCUGAAUCAGAAGUUAACAGCUCGAUCGUUAGGCGCUAUUUCCAGAAAGUGAGAUCCUUGCAGGACGUGAGGCUGACUGCAAACGUCAGGACUGCGGCCAUUCUCGCAGUGGUGGCCGUGGUCUUCACACUCUGUUUCCUGCCUAGCUGGCUCAUGGCUAUCCAAAUAAUUCCAUUCCAGAUGAACAUCUUUUACCUGUACUUCCUGUACAACGUUGGCAACCCAAUCAUUUAUGCUUUUAUGAAUCCGACCUUUAGGAAAGAGAUGGUGCUGAUGGUACAGAGAUACUACCACCAUAGAAAGUAGUGUUUUAGUGACGAAAAUCUCCAAAAAAAUUUAUACUUUUGUAUUUAGUAAAUCAACUACAAAAAAUAACGUAAAAAAUAAAAUCUAGAAACAAUGACAUUUAUAAAAGAAGUUAGAGUUUGUGUUAACAAAGUUACAGAUAAAGUGCAUUUAUUUUAGA